UAAGCAAUCCUUGUCGAAAGCGAGUGGUGAAUUUAUUUGAACUCAAAACAACGGGAAAAUCCCUUUUUUUAAGAACUAGUACUUCUUUAUCGAAAUGGCAAGUGAAUAAGCGUUUUUAACAAAGACAACAUCGACUUGUGUAAACUCUGUUUCUAUUGUGUGUGGUAAGAAAUCGUCGGGGAGGGAGGUCUGAUAAGCCAAAUAACAAUAAUUUGAUGUUAAGUAAAAGGAACAAACCUUUCAAAAAUUGCUGUCAAAAAUCAAGCAAUAGGAUGGAGUCGAGCGAGAAGUCACCUGAUAAAAAUGAAGAUAUGGGUAAUAAAAGUUCAAAAUCAAAGGAAAACAAAUCUGACGUACAUGUUGAGAAAUUAGAAUCUAUUAGUAAAGACAUGGCCGGUCGGGAGAAGGAAAAGAAGGAUUCGAGCAGGACACUUGAGGAGCAAUUGGCAUCGCUUAAAAUUUCCUCGGUCGACGAAAGCACCCUUUCGAAUUUGUCCAGUCUGGCCGAAAAGCUCAAGAUGAAUCAGUUUAAAAACGUAGUCACUCUCGUCGGAGCCGGCAUAAGCACGUCAGCAGGGAUCCCCGACUUCAGAUCACCCGGAACAGGCCUUUACGACAAUUUAAAGAAAUUCAAUUUGCCCUAUUCGGAGGCCAUAUUUGAGUUGGACUAUUUCCAAGAAAAGCCCGAACCGUUCUUUCAACUCGCGAGAGACUUGAUGCCCGGCACGUUCAAGCCGACAAAGUCCCACUAUUUCAUAAAACUACUCGAGGAGAAAGGGAUCCUCCUGCGACACUACACGCAGAACAUCGACGGCCUGGAGAGAUUGGCGGGCGUCUCUCCUGAAAAGAUGAUCGAAGCUCACGGCACAUUCUACACGUCGCACUGCACCAAUUGCAGCAAGGAGUAUUCGUUCGAUUGGAUGAAGAACGCCAUCUCCGCUAAGCCGGUCCCUCUCUGCGAAAAGUGUCACCAUGUCGUCAAGCCGGACAUAAUCUUCUUCGGGGAAAACCUGCCGGUUGAAUUCUUCGUCAAGGCGCAGAAGGACUUUCCGAAGUGCGACCUGCUGAUAAUCAUGGGCUCUUCCCUCUCCGUCCAGCCGGUCGCCUCUCUCGUCACCAGGGUCGGCAAAAAGUGCCCGAGGCUGAUCAUCAACAAGGGCAAGGUCGGAGAGAGCCUCGGUAUCAGUUUCAAAGGCAGUUCCAAAGACAUUUUCUUGGACGGCGACUGCGACGCGAGCGUGGUACGACUCGCCAAGUUGGCCGGCUGGGACGCCGACCUUGCUAAGCUCGUCGACCAAGGCAGAAAGAAAUGUAAAACGUAAACCUCUCUCUUUGCAUUGUAAGAUAAAGCGACUCAUUUUAAUUCAUUGUGAUAUUUUUAAUUCUUCUAAUCAUUAAUUUCUUGUUGUGGCUUAUGGAAAUAACAUAUGUCAUUUUAUUGAAAUAAUUUAUACAACUCCAAAUGAUACAGUUAAUGUUAUUCUUUUGUAUAGAUAAAUACAAAAUAAAUAGAUAAAUAUAUGCAUAUGUAAGUAAGAA